AUGACGUCCGAGGAGGGUCCCGGACCGCUGGGCAUGAGCCCGAUGGGAACCGGGCUGCGCGAGGACUACGGCCCACCCCAAGGGGAUGACAUCAUCGAAGAGGUAGGGCCAGGCGAUGAUAUCAGCAGUGACCUCAACGCUCUGGUGGUGCCCUUUCCGGAGCUGGCGCCCGUAGUCUUUUUCUGCCUCAAGCAGACAACGUUUCCACGCAACUUGUGCAUUCGGAUGGUGUCCAGCCCGUGGUUUGAGCGCAUCAGCAUCAUGGUGAUCCUGCUGAACUGUGUGACUCUAGGAAUGUAUCAACCAUGCGAGAACAUCAACUGCACCUCCGACCGAUGCCAGAUUUUACAGGCAUUCGAUGCAUUCAUUUACAUUUUCUUUGCACUGGAGAUGGUGGUGAAGAUGGUGGCUCUGGGGAUUUUUGGCCGUCGCUGUUACCUUGGCGAUACCUGGAACAGGCUGGACUUUUUUAUCGUCAUGGCAGGGAUGGUAGAAUACUCCCUUGAUCUCCAGAACAUCAACCUCUCCGCCAUCAGAACAGUGCGUGUACUUAGACCACUCAAAGCCAUCAACAGAGUGCCCAGUAUGCGGAUCCUGGUGAACCUGUUGCUGGACACUCUGCCCAUGCUGGGAAACGUGCUGCUGCUCUGCUUCUUUGUCUUCUUCAUUUUCGGCAUCAUCGGGGUGCAGCUGUGGGCGGGGCUUCUGCGGAACCGCUGCUACCCUGAGGUCAACUUCACCCUUCCCUCUGGUGUUGAACUUCCUGCCGACUACUACAAACCUGAGAAGAACGAUGAGCGACCCUUUAUCUGCUCACUGCCACAGGACAAUGGCAUUAUGUCUUGCUCUGAUGUGCCUCAGUUAAGGGAAGGAGGAACUGAGUGUUGUUUGGAUAAAGAAGAUGCUUUCCAGGUCCUGGGCACUGAGACCCUAGCCAAUGCCAGCGGCACGGGACUCUGUGUUAAUUGGAACCAGUACUACACUCGCUGCCACACUGGCGAUAGCAACCCGCACCAGGGUGCCAUUAACUUUGACAAUAUCGGGUAUGCAUGGAUUGUUAUAUUUCAGGUCAUCACUCUCGAGGGCUGGGUGGAGAUCAUGUACUAUGUGAUGGAUGCACAUUCAUUCUACAACUUCAUCUACUUCAUCCUUCUCAUCAUCAUUGGCUCAUUUUUCAUGAUCAACCUGUGCCUGGUGGUUAUCGCCACUCAAUUCUCAGAGACCAAACAGCGUGAGCACCAGCUGAUGCAGGAGCAACGGGCGCGCUGCCUCUCCUCCAGCACGCUGGCAUCCAUGACUGAGCCGGGCGACUGUUACGAGGAGAUUUUCCAGCUCGUGUGCCAUGUGCUGCGCAAAGCUCGCCGACGCUCCGUCGCUCUCUACUACACGCUUAGGGGCAAGGCUCCGCCCCCCGGAGGAGGGAGAGGACACAGAAGAGGAGGGGCCAGUGCUAAUGGAGGCGAAAAGCACAAUUCUCACUUGGCUCAUGUGUCUUAUUGUCCACACCACAGUAAUAUUGACAAUAGAUCUCAACCUGUGGAGAAUGCCGUGACCUCCGUCCCUUCCAGCCCUGAAGACUGCCCUGACUGCAUCGCAUUAUCAAUCAAGGAGAGGGCCACAGCCAAUGGGGAGGAAGGACACGGGUCCCUGGAAGAGACAAACUGGAAGAACCAAUUAGAAAGUGAGAAGAGUGAGAAAAAGUGUUCCUGCUUUGUGCGUUGCAAAGAUUUGUGGGACGAAAUUCGACUGAAACUGUGGAGCAUAGUGGAGAGCAAAUAUUUCAGCAGAGGAAUCAUGAUUGCCAUUCUUAUCAACACUAUAAGCAUGGGCAUUGAACACCACAACCAGCCUGAGGAGCUCACAAACGUACUCGAGAUCUGCAACAUUGUCUUCACCAGCAUGUUCACGCUGGAGAUGAUUCUCAAACUCACUGCUUUCGGCUUCUUUGAGUACCUGAGGAACCCGUACAACAUCUUUGAUGGCAUCAUUGUCAUUAUCAGUGUGUGUGAGAUCAUCGGGCAGUCUGAUGGCGGGCUUUCCGUGUUGAGGACAUUCAGAUUAUUAAGGGUAAUAAAGCUGGUGCGCUUCAUGCCUGCUUUGCGCAGGCAGCUGGUCGUUCUCAUGAAGACCAUGGACAACGUGGCCACGUUCUGCAUGCUCCUCAUGCUCUUCAUAUUUAUAUUCAGUAUUUUGGGGAUGCACAUAUUCGGUUGUAAGUUCAACCAGAAGACUGAGACUGGAGAUACAGUGCCGGAUAGAAAGAACUUUGACUCCCUUCUUUGGGCCAUUGUUACUGUGUUUCAGAUCCUAACUCAAGAGGACUGGAACAUGGUCUUGUAUAACGGCAUGGCUUCCCUCAGUCCGCUGGCUGCUCUCUACUUUGUGGCCCUAAUGACAUUUGGGAACUACGUACUGUUCAACCUGCUGGUGGCAAUCCUGGUUGAAGGAUUUCAAGCUGAGGGGGAUGCCAACCGGUCGUACUCAGAUGACGACAGGUCCUCAUGCAACUUUGAUGAAAUCGAGAAAGAAAAAGACCCUCUACAGAUGUCAGAUCCUAAAGUCUGCUCCCUAACUCCUAACGGUCAUCUUGACCUGGCACCGAUGCCCAAUUCCCUAGGUGUUUACCCUGCUGAAAGGCUAAGCUUUGCUUUGGGCUCCCGAAGAAGCAGCGUGAGCUCUCUUGGCAGGGCAAAUCUGGAGCAAAGAACACUGUGCCCGAGUCGAGGCUCUGUGUACCAGAACUGGGCUCGUCCGCCACCCCAGGGCACGUGGAGCCGCAGGUCCAGCUGGAACAGCCUCGCACGGACUUCCAGGAGCGUCGGCAUCAGCACAGGGGGCAGCCUGAGGGUCCGGGGGCCUCAUUCCUACCAAACCGAGCAAGAAUCCCUCCUCUCCCCUCCUCUCCUGCACCCCCCUCCUCCUGCACCUCUCUUCUCCAGACAUUUCAUGCCCAGAAGGGACCGACGGGCUCUCUCACUAGAGCUCCCGGAGCUUCUACAGGUGCCUGGACCGCCUGUGCACUCUCACCAUCGCAAAAAAAGUUUCUCAGGGGCACCAGGGGGCGGAGGGGAGCAUCAGGACUGUAACGGAAAGGCACCAUCAGUGCAGCAGCAGAUUCUGAGUGACGUUUACCCAAAAGUCAACACUCGCAGGGACAGGGACGACCUGGAGGAUGAGAUUGAUUAUAGUUUGUGCUUCCGGAUCCAGAAGAUGAUCGAGGUGUAUCGGCCCGACUGGUGUGAGACGAGGGAGGACUGGAGUGUCUUUCUUUUCUCCCCUCAGAACAAAUUCAGGCUGAUGUGUCAGUCCAUCAUUGCUCAUAAGCUGUUUGACUACGUGGUGUUGGCCUUUAUUUUUUCAAACUGCAUCACUGUGGCACUGGAGAGACCCAAAAUCCUCCAGGGUAGUUUGGAGAGGCUUUUUCUCACAACAUCUAAUUACAUCUUCACUGCCAUCUUCGUGGGAGAGAUGACACUUAAGGUGGUGUCAAUGGGUUUGUAUCUGGGUGAUCAGGCCUACUUGCGCAGCAGCUGGAACAUCCUCGAUGGCUUUUUGGUGUUCGUGUCAUUAAUUGACAUUGUGGUGUCCAUGGCGGGCGGAGCCAAGAUCCUGGGUGUCCUCAGGGUUCUAAGGCUUCUGCGCACAUUGCGCCCCCUCAGGGUUAUCAGUCGAGCCCCAGGCCUCAAACUGGUGGUGGAGACUCUGAUUACAUCUCUGAAGCCCAUCGGGAACAUUGUUCUCAUCUGCUGUGCUUUCUUCAUCAUUUUUGGCAUCCUUGGAGUUCAGCUUUUCAAAGGCAAAUUUUUCUAUUGUCUUGGACUGGACGUCAAAAACAUCACCAACAAGUCUGACUGUCUGUCUGCCAAUUACAAGUGGGUUCAUCACAAGUACAACUUUGACAACCUGGGCCAGGCCUUGAUGUCUCUCUUCGUAUUGGCUUCGAAGGAUGGAUGGGUUAACAUCAUGUACCACGGUCUAGAUGCUGUCGGUGUGGACCAGCAGCCUGUAAUCAACAACAACCCAUGGAUGCUGCUGUACUUCAUCUCCUUCCUCCUCAUCGUCAGUUUUUUUGUGCUGAACAUGUUUGUGGGCGUAGUGGUGGAGAACUUCCACAAGUGCCGACAGCACCAGGAGGUGGAGGAGGCCAAGCGGAGAGAGGAGAAAAGAUUGCGGCGCAUGGAGAAAAAGAGACGGAAGGCCCAAAAGUUGCCCUACUACGCCAGCUAUGGGCAUAUCCGCCUGAUGAUCCACAACUUGUGCACCAGUCACUACCUGGAUCUCUUUAUCACAUUCAUCAUCUGUGUGAACGUUGUCACCAUGUCCUUGGAACACUACAGCCAGCCUCAUUCUCUGGAGAUUACUCUCAAGUACUGUAAUUAUUUCUUCACCAGCACCUUUGUGCUCGAGGCUGUUCUCAAGCUUACUGCAUUCGGCUUCCGUCGUUUCUUCAAAGACAGGUGGAAUCAGCUAGACUUGGCCAUAGUUCUGCUGUCAAUUAUGGGCAUCACACUAGAGGAGAUAGAGAUCAGUGCUGCUUUACCCAUCAACCCCACUAUCAUUCGAAUCAUGAGGGUGCUGCGCAUCGCCCGUGUGCUGAAGCUGUUAAAAAUGGCGACAGGGAUGCGGGCACUGUUGGAUACCGUGGUACAGGCCCUGCCUCAGGUGGGCAACCUGGGUCUCCUCUUUAUGCUUCUGUUCUUUAUCUAUGCUGCACUGGGAGUUGAACUGUUUGGGGAACUGGUAUGUAAUGAGGAUUAUCCAUGUGAAGGCAUGAGUCGACAUGCCACAUUUGAAAACUUUGGAAUGGCAUUUCUCACCCUCUUUCAAGUGGCCACUGGUGAUAACUGGAAUGGCAUUAUGAAGGACACCCUGCGUGAAUGUCCAUCGGGAGAGUAUAACUGUAACCCGAGUCUGCAGUUUAUCUCUCCGCUCUACUUUGUGAGCUUUGUGCUGACGGCUCAGUUCGUGCUCAUCAAUGUGGUGGUGGCAGUGCUCAUGAAACAUCUGGAUGACUCUAACAAGGAAGCGCAGGAGGACGCGGAGAUGGAUGCUGAGAUCGAACUGGAGCUGGCACAUGGGGCUCUUUGCUGCAUGGGGGGUUUGAGUGGAGGAGCGGGAGGGAGUGAAGGGAAGAAAGGAGGAGAGGGACAGAGCCAGGGAGGAGGGGGAGGAGGAGUAAACAGCUCUGGAGUACCUCAUUCACCAGGACACAAUGCCAACCGCUCCAGCAAACUGUACUCAUCUGUCCAGGAGAACAUGUGGCUGGACAGUGUGUCACUGCUCAUCAAGGACACUUUUGAAGGAGAGAUGCUAUUGAUUGAUAAGCUCUCGGGCUCCGUCUUCCAUCACUACUCUCCUCCGGCAUGCCAGGACUACAAAAAUCAUCCACAGGAGCAGAUCCACAUGGCAGAACUAGAGCGGGCAUCUCUGAGAUCUGAGCGAGUUUCGGACAGAUCCAUCACACCAGUGCUGUCUGAUGACAUCAACAUAGAUGAGCAGGGCAUAUACCAGGUCAUAGAAAACAAGAGCUCAGAGGAAGCGGUGGGAGGUGAGGAAGCAGAAAUUCCUGAGGAUGGGCAUCAAGCACGUCUGAGCAGAGUCUACACACCAACUCACCAUAAUACAGGUGAAACUCUAUGUAGCUGCAGCAAAAAAGAUAAAGGUGUUGGCGAGGGUUCAUCUGCUCACUUCCAUCUUCCUGCUGAGUUCUUCCAUCCAGCAGCAGCGGCGCUGCCGGCGCCCCCUAGGGCUCGACUGGCUUGCAAACCUCAAGGCUUGAAACUGACCUCUCCAGCCUCCUGGGCCUCUCUGCGCUCUCCCGGAGCUAACAUUGAACUUAUCACUGCACAGUUCGCGUUUCACAGCGACUCAUCCCUGGCCACCGGCAGCUCAGAGGGAAGCCUACAGACCACCAUAGAGGAAGGCCUCAGCUUCAGCAUCUCAUCGUCACAUGAUCCAAACAGAACUGGCCCUCCCAUAGAGACCCUGAGACCUACUUUUGACCCUGAAGCUUCUAGCAGGGAUCCGAGCAGCCAGCAUGAAUCCCUAGAGCCCAGGUGUGAACCCAAAAAAGCCUGCACCAGUGAACAGUCAUUGGAAACACAGAGUAGCCUGUCUUUAACAUCACUGCUGUCUCCAAGCUCGGUGGGGUUACCACCAGUUAAGAAGUGCAACAGCACUGGAAGUUUGGCUCAGAGAAAACAGGAAAUGAGAGGAUCAGAAGGGAAACAACUGGCCAGUCCAUGGGUGGACGGGACAACAGUAUCUGAAAAAGAGCAAUCAGGAGCGUCGGAUCUGCAGGGAGGAAGUACCAGUCAAGUAAGAGUAGCGAGCCUUCGGAAAAACAGAUGA